AUGUCUCAGAAACAAAAGAAGAAGCACAUUCGGGACUGGAAGACCGAGCGGUUUACCGAGACUUCGCGAAGUUGCGCCGGGAAGCCUUUAGCGAAAACCUCAUGCCGACUAACCUCAACCUCAAUACAGGAGUUGACCGAGUUGCUUCCAACGCUGAAGUCAGAGCCGCGUCUAUCCAAAUAUGCCAUUGUUGAUGCGGGUCUGCUGUGGAACCAGCACCAGAUGAUCUCAACUGCUACACAUCCAUCAGAUCCAAGCGGCGAUAUGGUCCCUCGCAUGUUGUUGACGAUUCUGCGUACUUCUGGACCCAAAAAGCAGAGAUUCUGA